CAAAAGUGAUUUGCCUCAUUAUCCAUCCUGUGGGCGGUGAAUUCGGAGCAUGUAUUAGAGGAUCUAGUGAGAGUAGCAGUAUUAUAAGCAGACACGUAUCGUAACGAGAUAGGCAAUCGAUUACGGCAAGAUGUUAUCGUUGAUAAAUAUUACCGUCAUCCCGUUCCUGCUAGGGGCUUUAAUGUCCGUCGAAGACGUGGAAGAAUGGAAUUUCGGUCCAGUAUACGUAUUCCAAUUGAACAAACUCACUAAGAUAUACGUGGAUCCAAAGCUAGGAAUUUAUUUAACCGAAAAUGUAACUGCUAUGGUGUGGUGUCGUCCAAAAUUAUCGCUCCAAAGUAUCCAAGAUAUUCUGUUCUGUCAUGCGAAGACGAUCACCGGCCGUCCAAUUCUCUCGCGGCAGAUACAUAAUUGGAAAAAUAAUGUCAAUCUCUUGUUGGAAACAUCUAUUGAUAUAAAUGGCAGUAAGUCCAUCAAUUUUCAUGAAGGAUCAACAAAUAUACCAGACCAUAUAUUUAAAAUAGAGUUUGGCAGGCAAGGUGUGCAGAAUUUUAAAGUGAAAGAAAUAAAAAAGGAACUACAUUAUUAUGACAUCAUCACAAAUAUCAUCGAUCAAUUCAAUAUUGGCAGUGAUUGGAGUAUCGUAGAAAGAGACAGCAUGCCAACUCAUAAAAUUGAAUCAUAUGUAAUCAGCACUUUCAUGCCAUAUGAGGAAGACACGGUGAGAGCUUCUAAAUGCAGCACGUCAGGAGUGAUUAUGUAUCCAAUCGAUACAUCAUAUCAAUAUAAUAAAAGCGAAAAAUUUUUUCAACUUAGACUGUUACCAAUAUCUUACAUAGAACCCACCAGUAAAAAUUUGUGGAUGGAGAGAAAUAGAAUGGCAUGCACUCAGCAACCGCAAUAUAUCAUGCUUUCUAACGAGGAAUGGCAGAUUGACAAUAUGUUCCAGUAUUCUAACAUACUAAAUAUCCAUGACAAAAACCGAAAGUUCACAAGUCAUACUCAUUUAGAGGGGAAUGUUUAUUUUCCAAUAAGCACAAACUCAGUACAUAAAUUUGAGGAAGAUGUGUACUUCCAUCUACUCCGUAUCGAAGCUGCACGAGAAGAGCUUAAUACAGUUGAAUAUGAUUAAGACCGUUAUGAAAUUGAAGAAACCGACAAAAACAUAAUUAUACUGAAACACAAGAUUUUAAAAUCUGAGAGGGUUUAUAAGCAAACCAGAAUUUGACAUUAUAUAGCUGUACAGAAGCUUGAAUAAAUAAAAUUGUAAAAACAUGCUAAGGAUA